AAUCUGAUUGGUCAUUAUAAUGUUGUAGUAGUUACUACUAAUACAAGGUCUUGUCGUGAUGACACGCUGCUGGCAAUACCUGGAUAUCCGGAUCAAUAUUCGGAUGAUUGUUGCAUAAUAUAUGUUGAAAUUUGUAUGGACUUGGCCACGUUUUUGAACGACGGCAGAGCCCUUUCCCACGGACAACAAACAACCCAUUGCACUUGCGCUGAGAGCAUCGCAAUGGACAGCAGCAUGGAGAGCGACAUGGAGCUCAUGUUCCGAGACGUCGAGGGGGCAUCCUUGUCCUCCUGUGAUGCGCUGGCGUUGGAAGACGACAUGGACGAUUUGAUGGGCGACAUGUGUACCAUGUCGACGCGGUCGUUCGAGUGCAACGAAGUUGGGGAGCCUCAAGCAACAAUGAACGGAGAGGAGAAAUCCACGGCCGGUCGAGGAAAAUCGAAAGAUCCGUAUGAGAAGAAGAAGGAGUACAACCGCAUGCGCAACAAGAAGUUGCGCGAGGCCGAACGCCAGGAAGUCACGACGUUGAGAAACCAAGCGAGCGAACUUGAACAAAUUAUCUCGGACCUCGCGAGGCGGCGACGGGGCACCGGUCCACUCCUUGGCAACGGCGAUAACAACGACAGGAAUAUUUUGGGCAUGCUUCCAUGGAAGGAAGUUGCAUCUAUUUUCAAGUCGAUGUCAACGUCGAGUGAGCACCAGCGCAGCCUUCUCGCGCGCAAGGUCGACUCGUACACGGUCGUGGCUGCUCAAAUGUAUAAGUGGGUGAACUCGUCGCAUCAUUUGCCGGUAAUGCCGGACGCGUACAAGCAAACGUGGCGCAACUCGACUCUUGUUGCCCAUGAAAGCUCGCGGUUGCUCGGGUUUGACUGGAUUGCAAAGCAACUAUAUCACAACAUCGACACAAUGAUCCAGCACUGUGGCCUUCCAGCGUCCCUCGACGAGUGCAGCGAAGUGAAAAUCUAUCCGCUGGAAAACCAAAACUCGUACCAUUUGUCCAAGGCCCGCCAGCGCAUCGAAAACGCGACGCUGGAGGAAGUCACGAAGGUCUUGCAACGGCAGUACUUUGAAGGCAAAGCCGACACGCUGGAUACCCCCGACCCGAACGUCCGCUACUUUCGCAACUCGUCGUCGUAUGGGUCGACGUCUCAAAAUGCCUACCAUCAAAACAUCUUGAUGCGUCAGUUUGUCGAAGAGGAUCGCUACGUUGUGUUUGCCCACAGCAUCACGCAAGACGAAAAGCAUCCAGUCGACCGCAUUCAGCGCAACUGGACCAACUGGACGGUCGCGGAACGCCUGGGCACAUCGACCAUCAUCAAGCAAAUGGCCGUGGCCACCGGCCUUCGGAUGAACGAAACCUUCCUUCCGUUCGACCUCGACCCCGCGACCGCUUCGUCCCUCGACAUGGAGAAAGCUUUUCUCGAGUUCAAGCAUAGGACGGAAGUGUACCACAAGUACGUGUUUGCGAAAGAAAUGGCGACGUUCCGAGCGCUUCUGGCCGAAGUGCGUGCCGAAAACAUGACGUUAACACCGGACGACCUUGUCAUCUAACGUGCUCGCGCUGACAACGGAAUGCGCCAUGCGUUUUCGCAUGGGAGACGCCGCUGCUGCUUGCCACGAUGCUCCAUGGCUACCCUCUCGGCACACGUCCACAGAAGUCGAGUGCCGUAUAAUUUAUACAUGGGAUCGUAUUGUACAGCGCAUCGCCCAGCGUCCCCAAGGUCGUGUCAUGCAGCCCCAAACCAAGCUCCAACGCGGCCCGCCUCGUGGACAAAUGCCCCACGCGUCGGCGUCGUGCUGGCGCAUUGUGCUCGUUCCCGUGUGAAUGUCGUUCGAGCUGCGACGCAGCCGCGUGAAGAGCAAGGUGAAAGGGCCACCUCACGUUGAUGGUAGCUGCAGAGAAUGCCCCACGCGGCAGGCGCUGGAUUGGGAAGCCCAUGAGGUUUCGGGCGCUUCUUCCAGCGCACACCCGAAUGGAAACGUCCCGGAUGAGCGAGGGUGGCGAUGCAACUAGCGUGACUUGGAUCUCACUCGCACGACGUUGAUGCAGUUGUGGCUGCCGCCGCACUACUUCGCACCACCAGCGCUCUCGACGGAGGCGUCCAAUGCGUUUGUCGCUCAAGCACAAGCGUGUGCCGAAGAUGUCGAAUGAAGUCGCGUGGUGUUUGUCGAUCAAACUGAACGUCGAUUCUGUCCUAGAUUGCCGAUUCACGCGUCAAGGGCGGUCCGUUGGUCCACCAGCACGAUUACCAUCCUUCGACAUGUCGCUGCCACUUCUGUUCCAUGACCCGUCGACUCAUUCGUAAAAGAACUGCCUUGCGACGAUUCGAAGCCAUGCAGCAGCAAGCUGCAGGUCUAUUUCACACAGACACGUCCAUCGCUUUGGGAAGAGGCUGUUGGGCGCAGUCCAGCAAUCCACAGUCGUCCCGCGCACAGAGGACGCGCCAAUGUCCAAAGUUGACAUGCACUGGAUGACAUGGCAGUGUCCUGGCAUCGGCACGGUGCAUCUGGCUCAGCCGCCGACGUGUAUCUCGUGGAGGUACUCCAUGCCUCCGACUGUGUCGUCGCUCGCUUGGUCUGACGUUAUCCACGACGCCUUCGAUCUGUCGUCGCUCGGAACCGUUCAUUUUGACGUGAUCAAGUGGCCUGAUUGAUCAAUGGUCACGGUUCGUUCAUAUUGCUUACAAACUUUUUACCUGUGACGCUUGGUUUGGCGACGGUCCCUCAGCAUUCGUGGUUCGACUGUAGUGCCAUGCGGAAUUUGACCUGACCGAGGAAACCACGAGCGGCACGCUGCUGUCGCGGGACGAAGUGGGCAUCACGAUGUCAACUUGCUGCGAGGAGGAAGUCCGUCCAUGGUCCCCAUGGCUGCCGUCGGCGCAUGUGGGUUCGCACGCUGCGGUCCGUCGACAUGCAACACUCGAUCGGCACGAUCCGCAUGACCUUCCAUAGCACAGAUCAUGUCUUUACCGAAUCACGGACGCGGCCGGGAUUCCUUGACGUGUGGUGAGCCGCUUUCCACGCGGCGCCGCCUCGACGUCGAAGGCUGGUUCCUCGACAUGGGCCUUCGCAGUCUCCUCCAAUUCGACCAUUUCCUCCAUGAAUUUCCAUCGAAUCAGCCGUCGAAGUGUCCUUGCACAGACUGCUGGCGGCUCUGUGCAAAAUGAGGCUCUAGCCAUGGGUACACCAGGUCAACUGCGUCAAGUGUGGCGAGGUGCGUGCGUGCUUCUGGUCAUUGCACAUCCUGUAGGUGUUGUGUGGAUGCUGCAGUGGCCACUCGAUUGUCCAUUUCGACAAAACACUCGUUACAAUUCGAGUGUGCAUGACAUGCGCGCACUCCACCCGUCGUCGAAGCGUCCCAUCGCGCACUCGUGGCGGCCACACGAGCGCGUCGACAAGAGGAGCCACUCGUUUUUGCACACGAUCCAUGCAAAGGAGUAUCGGCCAUUCAGUCAGCGCCGUCUCAUCAUCAAACAUGCGUUUGCCACUGUCCAGGAUCAAGACGCCAUGGAACAGAGAUGGCGGCGGCGUCGUCUUUGUGGCGUCCGAACGUCGCGGCGGUGCACGCGACUACCGACCGCCUCUUUGGCGAACGUCGCACGGAUAUGAAAUGUGCCGUGCGUUGCCGGGAAAAGUGGCGGGCAUUCCGGACUAUGUAGAAUUUGAAUGGAUGCAAAAAAUCGUGAACAUUAGGGAUAAUCGUUG